UAAAUACCUAGGAUAUACAUAUAUGUAUGUUUUACGUCAUUUCACGUCCCUUCCUCUGGCUUUACUAUAUUGUCUAUGAAAGACAACGUUCGUCGGAAUCUGACUUUUGGAAGAACUUAACUUGCUUCACGAAUUAUUUGGAAGCGUUUUUCAGAUCUACCAACAUGCAGAUCUUCGUUAAAACAUUAACAGGAAAAACUAUUACUCUUGAAGUUGAAGCUUCUGAUACAAUAGAGAAUGUGAAAGCUAAGAUCCAAGACAAAGAGGGUAUCCCUCCAGACCAGCAGCGUUUGAUCUUUGCUGGCAAACAACUAGAAGACGGAAGAACUCUUUCAGAUUAUAACAUCCAGAAAGAGUCCACACUCCAUUUAGUCUUGAGACUUCGCGGAGGAAUGCAGAUCUUUGUCAAAACACUUACCGGUAAAACCAUUACCUUGGAAGUAGAAGCUUCUGACACAAUCGAGAAUGUGAAAGCUAAGAUCCAAGACAAAGAGGGUAUCCCUCCAGACCAGCAGCGUUUGAUCUUUGCUGGCAAACAACUAGAAGACGGAAGAACUCUUUCAGAUUAUAACAUCCAGAAAGAGUCCACACUCCAUUUAGUCUUGAGACUUCGCGGAGGAAUGCAGAUCUUUGUCAAAACACUUACCGGUAAAACCAUUACUCUUGAAGUUGAAGCUUCUGACACAAUAGAAAAUGUUAAAGCUAAGAUCCAAGACAAAGAGGGUAUUCCUCCAGACCAGCAGCGUUUGAUCUUUGCUGGCAAACAACUAGAAGACGGAAGAACUCUUUCAGAUUAUAACAUCCAGAAAGAGUCCACACUCCAUUUAGUCUUGAGACUUCGCGGAGGAAUGCAGAUCUUUGUCAAAACACUUACUGGUAAAACCAUUACUCUUGAAGUUGAAGCUUCUGACACAAUAGAAAAUGUUAAAGCUAAGAUCCAAGACAAAGAGGGUAUUCCUCCAGACCAGCAGCGUUUGAUCUUUGCUGGCAAACAACUAGAAGACGGAAGAACUCUUUCAGAUUAUAACAUCCAGAAAGAGUCCACACUCCAUUUAGUCUUGAGACUUCGCGGAGGAAUGCAGAUCUUUGUCAAAACACUUACUGGUAAAACCAUUACCUUGGAAGUAGAAGCUUCUGACACAAUCGAAAAUGUGAAAGCUAAAAUCCAAGACAAAGAGGGUAUUCCUCCAGACCAGCAGCGUUUGAUCUUUGCUGGUAAACAACUAGAAGACGGAAGAACUCUUUCAGAUUAUAACAUCCAGAAAGAGUCCACACUCCAUUUAGUCUUGAGACUUCGCGGAGGAAGUUCCAAGCUAUUUUAAGAGUAGAAUCUGUCGGAAAUGUUUAGUAGAAUUGGUAGUAUUGAUAGAGUUUUUUUAUUUUACUUUUUUUAUGUUCAUUUCAUAUUUAGCACUGCUUCUAUAAACUUGUCAAUGUGUAAUAUCAAAAAGGACAAAUUGUAACAAUGCAAUUGCAUAUGUACAUUUACACAUUCUUGUAAUGCAAUUUUGUUCAUUAAAUGUUUACCAAUAUA